CCUCCAUCUCCCUGGCGACUCGAGCUCCGGACUCCAGAAUCAGCAGAGAACAGCGGCGCGCUGUGAUGCGCCUUGAGGACCUCUUACGCUUAUUUUUCCCUACUUAAGGACAGAUGAAUCUGACACCAAAGUGCAUCAGCCGCGGAACAUUUUGACAUCUCUCUGUCUCAUGCAAAGGGAUCACCUCUCUGUUUCCCUCCUAUCCUUCUUUUCGCCUCUGAGCGCAGUGCCACAUGGAUAUCUACACCUCUACUUUAUCCCCAGCGCUGGAUAUCGGUGCAGGAUGUUAUCUGCUGGUUAUAGGUGAGUUUCCAAACGCGCGUAAACAUCAAUCCAUAAUUCAGCUCACUAUUUAAGCGUUUAAAGUUUUUUUUAAGAGCUUGACUCAACUAAAUCUUAGUGUGAACAUCGUUUCACUGAAAAACCAUAGGACGUGAUAAUGGAAACUAAACAUUACUUCUCGCGUACUCCAUUUUACGCACAUCAUUUCACUGCAGAUUGGGUUUAGAGUUUGACUCAUUGAUAUGUUUAACUUUUCUAGAAAUCUCCAGUUUUCUUGUAUUUUUCUCUCUUAUCAUGUAGUUUUAGAUUCCACACUGAGACUCAGAAGAUGCAAACUAAUGGGGUGCACACAAGGAGCUCACAGUAUUGGGUACUCAUCAUGCCAUAUUUGAAAUUUAAUGACAUAAUUUCGAGUUUGGAUGAGAUUUUGGCUUGAUUUACAGAGGGAAAGUUAAACACAAAUCAUCCAAAAGGAGAAAAUUAAAUGACCAUUGUAACUUAUCGUAUCCACCAGAUUUUUUCUUUUGCCCCUUAAUAAUAUCUCAUUGGGACUCACUAUAUCACCACCUCAAAUGUUCAAAAAUAAUUUCGGGCUCCUGUCAGUCACAGUCCUUUAGAAUCCCCCUAGCUUUUCUCCCUCAUACAGCCGCUCUGAACUCAAAUAAACUGUUAUUUGGUGACAAAUCGAAGUAAUAAGUGAAGAAACCUCAUGUAAGGCUGUUAUUACAGAAGUAUAUCCCAGGCUUUGAGAUAUUGAAACAGUAAUGCUGUAUUUAUGCUGUAUCUUACAUUUAUUGAUUUAAUAUCAGGCAAUAAAGUCUCCCUUAAUUAUUUGUAACACCACCAGCAGCUCAUGAACUGAUCACAUCCUCUCCUCUGAGGUGCUGCUCUCAUCUCACACAGCCAAUAGGAAGCGGUCAUAAUUGUGUUUGGCAACAAGACGGCACACACUAUUGCCAUCCUGCUGCCAUUUCGCACACAAGAUUAGCCUGAAAUUUCGUCAUAAGGCUGCGAAUCUACUGAGCAAUCAAAAGCAGAUUUACAAAGUGUAAUGAAAGGAGGAUGAUGUGCGUGGCUUUUGGCCCGGUUUAGCCAACAAGUGAACUGACAGCUGGUGUAAAAAUCCAUCACGUGAUUGAAGUUGGCUUAACCGCAUGAUAUUGAUUUAUUCCUCCUGAUAAACAUCCGGUUUGGGUGUUUACAUUAUUCCCCCAUCCACAGCUGGUUGCUGCUUAGUUCUCUGUUAUCCCCCCAGGAGUGUGAGGCUAAUUCAACAAAUCAAACUCCACUCUGCACAAAUAUCAAUUAAAACAGUUUGGCACUCUCUCAAAUCUGCCUAUUCUUUUGGCAACAUGACAAAACGUCCAAAUUCAACCACAGGAGGAAGGAGUGUGCAGACAAACAAAAACAAGACAGGUGUGUUACAUGACCAACUAGAAAAGCACUCGGAGAGCGCAGACCUCCACCAAGCAGCUCAUGUUCCCCCUUAUAUUAUGAUUCACACAAAAACUUUUACUGUUACGUGUCUUUUAUUAACUUUUAUUUGUGUUUAAACUGGUAUGUUCACUGUUCAUAAUGUUCCUAAAACAAGAAAUGCCCUGACCCGGAAUCAAACCCAGGACUGUCUUGCUGUGAGGCGACAGUGCUAACCACUACACCACUGUGCCGCCCAUCUACACCACUGUGCCGCCCAUUGGUUAUCUUUCAGCAUUGAAAAUUCCAACGACACCCUUAUUUUUGUGUGUUCUGGAUCACAGUAUCCGGAAUUUUGUCUGGAUCAGGAUCAACCUUUGACACCUCAUAAAACUCAUUGAGACUCUGGCCAUUUUGAAAGAGUUAAAUGCAAAAAUUCCCAAAUUUGCCCUAUCUCACAAUGAUAAAGAAUCCUUCAAAAAAUUCCUGGAUCCAGAAGGCGAUCCGGAUCACCACCAAAAUGUUAUGGGAUCGUCCUGGGGCUGAGACGCACCUCUGGUGAAAAUUUCAGGUCAAUCCGGCUGUAACUUUCUCCGUAAAGUUGGUCACAGACAAACAAACAAACAAACAAACCAACCAACAAACAAACAAACCAACGCUACCGAAAACAAAACCUUCUUGGCGGAGGUAAUAAUUAUUUGUUGUGCUAUGAAUAACUAGUAAAGCAAAGAGUAACAACGUGAGACUCUGCACAUGUUGGUAUGCAUGAAUAUAGGGAUUUAGCAAGGAUAACUUUUAAAAAAAAGUUCCUUAUCUCAUUUUAACUCCUGUGAGGAACUUGUAACCGUCAAAACAAUUCGCUCUCCAUGAAAAUUGUCUGUGAAAAAAAGCUCCAACAGCACGAUGUAACCUGUCAUUUCUGACACUCACAUGUUUUCAGGCGUUAGCAAUUAUAAUUCGAAAAGUACAAUCUCAUUACUGAUUGUCUCAUUUGCUUUUGCAGGUCAUAUGAAGGCCAGUCUACUGUAACCAAUCAAAAACUCUUCAUAGGGGGCUUUAAAAUGUAACACAGAUAAUUAGAUUUAUUUACAUUAUAUACAUUCUGGAUUUCUGAAGCAUACAUGUCAUUAUCCUUUUCCUCACAUACAUGGUUGGCUCUGUAUGUAUUACUUCUUCACCGUAAAGUUGCUGUGAUUGAAAAUUGAGUUUUUCCAUUUUAUUCAAAGCAAUUAACUUUCCAUUCUCGGUGUCAGACAGGUGGACAAUCCAUAAUGAUAGCAUUAACCGUGAACAUACCAGGAUGUUAUGGAGAAGCAUCCAUAUGCCAGUGAUGAUAUUGUUGUUGCAAAUCUUGUCAUAUCAGUGUGUUCCCAGUCAGUUCUAGCACCUCUCUAGGGGGAAACCAAGAGAGUGGAAAAAGAGGAGGGGGUGCAGGACUCAUCACAUUUCUUGUUUCCUCUGUAGCGUCUGAAAAAGCACAGGACAUCAAAUGUAUGACCACUGUCAGUCAGAUCAGACUGAUGCAACUUCUCCACUGGAGGCAUAUAAAAUAUCUCUAUCCAGUUGUUGUUGGAGUGGGUGAAGAGGAUGAUCCCCAUUUUUUCACAUUGUAUAAAAGCGUAGACCUGCAGAACAAGCAGUCAAAACACUUUCAUAUUAAGAUGUGUCUCAAUUAAACGUCAUCUUUGAAACCAUAAUAACACAAGAAAUAGGUCAGGUAUCUGUGCAUGAUACUCUUACUCUCUAUAGACUGUCUUAAAAAUGAACGUAGCUUCAGUGACGUCAGCCGUUACUUAAUGAAAAGGCUUGAAAUGUAACCAGGCAAGCUAUCAACAACGUCACGCAACCCUGUGAGUCAGCGCAGUGUGGUAUCUGGAGUACUACAUCACUGUGCAUUGCCUUAAGGUAUUUCUCAGGAAUAGCCUGCGAACCGGUUGUGGACUGUGGGCUUGUGUUUAUUUGUUUAUCGUUAGUGAUACCUGAGGUGAGAUAGCCUGGAAUGGGCACUUCACAGGUCAUAAAACACCACUCUAGGUUUACCAAACACCAGAUGGUAAGGGAAAAUAUUUUGGGGACAAAGAAGGAAAUGUAGGAGGGGUUACAUCCCUAACCGUAUAUAACAGGGUCACAAACUCUGGUUUGGGAGAGCUGGACAUCAUUGGCAGUCCUCUCCCAGCAACUGCAGUGCUGUUCUGAUACUGGUUUUGUCUUUAUAAUAAACUCCUCUUAUACAAGCAAGCCAGUGUCACGAAGCCUCCUUCUGCAUCUACACAUCGAGGACAGCCCAGACACAACAGCAGCCAUGCUUGUGAUCUUAAUUUCUAAAGAUUUUAAGUGAACAGUAAUACAAAAAGAUGUCACACAAAUCCAUAAUAACUUUACAAAUCAACAGGUGUUCAAUCUCCCGGUCACAUUACAUGCCAAAAAUAAGAACUGAAUUGGUUUUAAUGAGUAAAAAAUGAACUUUCCGGGUUUCGUGAAACAUUUUUUUCCCCCUUUUCCAUUGGCAGAUUUAUUUUACUCAUUUCAAGCAAUCUUGUUCUACUUUAGUGCAGAAUAUCUUGACAAAGAUGUCUUUCUGGAUCAGCCAGACGAAUGUAAAGACAUAUUUACCAGUAACAAGACAACACUUUUCGCUAAGAUUCUUGUCUCUGUAGUGCAGACCAAGCGACCAAUAGUAAAUGGGCAAAAUCUGAGUAUCUAUCCAUGGCCUUCAGUUGCCACUUAACUGGGAUACAUUGUACUAUGUCACCUGGCCAUAUUGCCACAAGCCAGAAGGUCAAAGGUUUUGCCAGAGGCCACAUUUGAUUGCCUGAAAAGGAUAAUGAGUGUGCAAAUGGCAAGGUGACAAAGAAGCCCUAUCCUGCUGCUCAAAAAGAGGAGACUAUUCUUUGGCUAAAAAAUAUCAAUAUCCUUCCACUCUUAUAACACAGCUGGCUCCUGCAGACCUUGCAACAAAGCUAUGAAUAGUUGAUAAAUACAUACAUAGGUAAAUUUGACCCCUGUGGCUUGGCUGAGGCAGAAUCCUGAAUAGGACUUAUAAGGCUUCAUAUGCAGCGUGUCUUUUUGGCACAUGGCAUUAAUAUGCAUGAGCCUCUUGAAAAAACAAUGUAGGUGUUUCAUAUGGAUGCACACAGCUCUAUCAUGUGGACCAAAUUGUUUUGUUAAGCUGCUCAGGAAAUAAAGAGAACCUCACCGUGUGAGACUGCUGCUCCUCUGAGUGGUUUAGACUGGCUCCAUCUCAAAGAUACAGAUAGAAAAGAACAAAACAGAAAUUUAAUCGAUGUUAAACUCCACAUGUCAACACUUUUUACUCUUCACCCCUCUCACUUUAUGUCUUAUCCCUUUGAACAUGCCCUUUGAACAUGAGUACAAGGAAAGCUUCCCUGUCCGUCUGCUUAAGCAUCCAUCAAAACUGACCUCCAUAUAGCUGUUAAACCUCUCUUGGACCUUGCUAUACCACAUACAACAUACUGUGUUCACAGCUGUUUUCACUUGACAGUCUAUUUUCUUUAAUGUUCCACUGAGAGCAAAUCUAAUCCAACAAAUUGUUGUCAUUUUACCAUUUCAAAUUGAUCUACAAGUGGAAAAUCAAGCGAUAAUUCAGUAAACACUCAGAGGUAUCCGGUCAUGCUUAUGUUGCAUUGACAUGUUUUAUACUGUUGGAAAGGUGUCAGCCAGCCUUGUUGGUGCCUAACAGGAUAUUACGGAACCACCUGAUUGAUUGGACUGGAGGUAUUUCAUGAGCGCUGAUGUAGAUAAUGUCACUUAAACAUUUACUGUCAGUCUGAUUACUGGUCCACAGUUAAAUAUCACAGUACAGUUGGGUUUUUAAGCAUGUUUUUGUGUUUUUUUUGUACCGUAUUUUAGGAUACUGUAACAUUCAUCUAUGUUUACUCAAGUCCAUGUAAAGGUGCCCAUUGUUGAGACACAGCAGGCUGAGAUCCUUGACAGAAAAUAUCACCUAUACAUUUACAGCAUAUGAUCACUUGAGAUGUCAGAGGUACUUUCACCAGCAAUAAAAAAAAUCCCUUACAGGAGUUAGAUAAGAAAUAAAAGUUUGCUGUUGCUUCAAGGCUAUCCUUGAAAGUUGUUGUGUACCUGUAUAUUCAUGUCUGAGUGCAUAAUGAUGUUCUCAUAACACGAUGCAUCGUGACUCGUGCUGCUUUUCAAGUCAACUCUCUCUACUGUGUUUUAGUGCUUGUUUGUAAUAGUGUUAAGGGUCCUGCUGUAUUUUUUUUGUUUUUAUUUCAGUUUUUACAAAUUUAUUAGAAAGGAAAUGGUUUAGCUUUCAAAGUCAUGAAUCUUUUUGCAUGUGUCACAGAAAGUGAUGUUUAUACAUAGCAUCCCUAUGCCUCAGUAUUGACAUGUCCACGUAGUUGUUCAAGACCACCUUCCUUGCAGUCCGAGGCAGAUGGGGUCACUUGAGGUGUCUGCAUUGAUUUUUCUUGGUUUUGUGCAAUAUGUGAUUGGAAUUGACUUGACUGCACUCCGCUUCCAUCAAAGGAAUUAUCAGUGUUCGGGAUAUUGAUUAUGUCACUGGGAUUUGCACUUAAAGUAGUUCUACUGCUGCUCCUGCAGAGCUUACAGUUGUUUUGGGGAGGGCAGAUAGCCAAAGGUCAUAAACUGAGGGGAGAGCAAGACUAGAUUUGAUAUUUAAACAGGCAAAGGCUGAAAGCUGUUAUGUUGAAUUAUGUGGUUUGUUAGUAUGUUAGCUCCCACCAUGCCUUUUUAAAUUUAAUUUGACUGUGGAGAUUUUUGUGACUGAACUGCUGCACCAUCCAGGAAAGUGACAAAAAUAGACUUCAGCAGACAGUCACUAAUUAAACCCAAAGCUUUGGUCACACUUGCAGAUCGUGUUGACACUUGUAAUUAAUGUAACCUUCCCACUGAGCAUUUUUUGGUCUAAAAGAAGUCUAAUAGAUGUCUUAAUGUAGCCUAGACGACUGGUCUAAAAUCAGGUUACAACAGGUCUAAAAAUGAAAGUUUUUUAGACUUAGUCUAAAUUUAGACCAAGUUUAGACUAAGUCUAAAUCCGGGCUAUAUCUACAUUACACUGUAUAUUGCUCAACAGCUAUCAUAACUAUUUUGGUUAAGUACUUGGAGAUCAGUUAUGCGACUGAAUAAAUAAAUAGAUAUCGAAUAAUGGAUAAAGUGCAAUAGCCGUCUAUUGCUCAGUGUUUUUUUUUUUUUUUUUAGCCAUGUGUACCAUUUAUAUACAUGGACAUGUCUUCAUAAUUCCCUUCAAGUCCCCAUGGACAAGGCAUGACUGUGUGGGCUUUGACGUGAAAAUACCUAUCGAAAAAUCAAAGGGGGUCACAAGGUGCAUUUGACGUGAACAGUCCUUCUCCUGAGAAUGGACUAGCUAUUCUCUGCCUCGCUGCUUUAUAAAUUGGCACUUAUCUUAGAUCUGAAAUGACAUGUCCAGGGGAAUACCUUUGUCCCUGACAUCUUUCAUUACGAAUGUACACCCUCUCUGAGUGAGGCUAACUGACAUGGACAGAUGCCUUAGAUGCAGAGGCAGCAAUAGAAAUAGUCUCAGCCAUUUCCAGUGUCUGAUUUGACAAUAGUAUAUAGAAUUGUGUUGACGGCCAACGAGAUAGUGUGUCAGGGUCGUUUCCAUGAAAGGAUCACGACUGAGGCUGAAGAUUGCUUUAAUUAUCUUCUAGCAGCUCUCACUUCUUGUCACUUGGCUUCCUUUCCUCACAUACCCCACUUAUGUCCCUGCUGGUGUUCAACUGGAGAGCCAUGGUUUGAAGGUGAAGAUGAUGAGAGAUGUGACAGGUGAUUAUUGAUCAUAUAUAAGUAAUAGUUUUUAGACAAUAUGUGAUAUGAUUUCGUUUUUACUUUAAGGAAAAUGUUUCUUCACUUUCUAUUUUCGAGUCAGAUCUCAUCGUUUUUUGUUUUUUCUUCACUCUACUUACUUUGGGUCCAUGUCUUUUCCAAUGCUGUUACAUCUAUGAAACAUCUGAGAAAUUUUUAAUUUGAAAAAGCUUUUAUUUUUGAUUUCUUGAGGACCUUGUAAUUGUAAAUUUACCCCCUGAUAUAACCAGUCAGGCUGUUCCCUCUUGGAUCCUAAACUAAGCCGCACUUGUUUUAAAGGAAACCAAGCAGAAAACCUCCGGUGUUGUGAAACAAACCCACUGAGCAAUAGAGGGCUAUUAGAAAUCUUCUGUUUUUUUUAAGCCAAAUUUCAACCGUCUGGAUUUUGUAUAUUUUUAGACAGAAUUUAGACAUUGCAUUUUAACCCAUGAUGCGAUAACUAUUUAUUUCAAAAAGCAACUGUGAGUUGCACAACUGAUCUCCAAGUGCUUAACCAAAAUAGUUAUGAUAGCCAUUGAGCAAUAUACAGUGUAGUAUAGAUAUAGCCCAGAUUUAGACUUGGUCUAAACUUGGUCUAAAUUUAGACGUCUAAAAAAACCUUUAUUUUUAGACCAGUUGUAGCCUGAUUUUAGACCAGUCAUCUAGGCUACAUUUAGAAGUCUAUUAGACCUCUUUUAGACCAAAAAAUGCUCAGUGGGAAGCUAAUGCAGAAAUGCUAGAAACUGCACUUUUCUGAGUACUACUGUGGUUUAAAGUUUGUCAGCUGUACCGGGACCUCCUACAGGCCUGGGACCCCAAGUAGUUGCAUCCCUUGCAAAGCAGCGCCUCUGCCAACAGGCUAUGUCAUAAGGACUACAUCCAUCUUUACAAAGUCUGUGAGGGUGAUGACGUUACGUCAAGGUAUUCAAAUAUAGGGUGACCAUACAUCCUCUUUUACACGGACAUGUCCUUUUUUUUUGGAGGCUAAAGUUUAUAAAAUCCUUCAAAUGUCCAGGAUUUUUUAUGGAAGUUUUGAGUUUGUGUAGCGUUGAGUAACUGAGUCAGAAGCGUGUUAAAAAUACUAGACCCAACCUGAAAAACCCUCAAAAUUUACCACACGCGACUCUGCGACUCCUCCCUGUGUUGUAGUGUCCUCUCUUUGGGGAUUCAGAACAUGGUAACCCCAAUUAAAUAAGUCUUUGAGAUUAAGACGUCACUAAGUGGAGUCAUCAUCGACUGGCUAGACCUAUAAAAUCUGUCCUAGGGCUUCUUCUUUGUAAAAUGACUUAGUUACUGAGCAGCUGUCCCCUUCCAUAGCUUCUAGAAAACCCCUAUUGGGUAUUUGUUUUACACUUUGACCCACUUUCACACUCAUUACACUCAGGUGCUGAUCCGUCCCCUCUUUCACCUCAUGGUAAUAUUUGUGUUUAUCCUGCCUGCCAGCUCGGAAGAAGCACGUGAUGUUGUAUUAAGUUGGCAUAUUAAGCAUAUAAAACACUGUACGCUGCUCUGGGGUCACCCCUGUUAUCCCGUACUAAAAAAGCGGCUCGGCCUGUUCCUGGAAUCUCAGCAGUCGGUCCCAUGAGAAAGAGAUAAUGAUGUUUAGACAGCGCUGAGGAAAACAGGAACUUCUUUACAUCCACUUAAGCCUGUAAUAUUGUAACAGACAUUUUUAGACUGACAAAACACUGUUUUGUUUUUUUUGCUGUUUGGUCAUUUUCCCUUGAGAGAGAGCAUUAUAUUGGAGUACACAGUGGGAAAAACAGGAAACAAGGACAGUGCGGUUCCUGAAAAUUAAACAGCACGUUAAUUUAAACAAUUCGAGAUGGAAUAUUUUGAGAUUCAUGAGGUUUUCCCCGCUGCUUUUGAACGACUUGCAUCGUAUUAAUUACGUGCGCACUUGCUUUGAAUGCUCAUCAUGCAGAUAUAAUUAAUUCCAUAUCUGAGUCAUUGUUAAGGGUGGGUGCACCCUAUGCCAGUAUAGAUACACCUAAUGAAGUGAAUUAAUUUGUUUUUGUGAACUCUUGGUAAACUGAACAAUAGGUCUCUUAUCAAUCUUCCUACACAGGAACUUUUGUACUCACAGGAAAAUUCCCCGAACAUGAACAAAAGGCUUUUUGAGUCGCACUAAUGCAGAAAAGCAAAACACUAUCGACACACAAGGAAGGCAUCAUAAAUAAUGAUAUAAUACACAUUUCCUUCUUUCUCCUCCCCAGCUGUUCUCUCCAUUGUUGGAAAUCUGCUGGUCAUCACAAUGGCAGUCAAAAGAUCCUCAAGAAUGAAACCGCCGGAGCUGCUGAGUGUAAAUCUGGCUAUAACAGAUUUGGGAGCAGCCGUCUCCAUGUACCCCCUGGCUGUAGCCUCCGCCUGGAACCACCGCUGGCUCGGGGGAGAAGCUACCUGUACAUAUUACGGCCUGGCGGGGUUCUUCUUUGGAGUCGCCAGCAUCAUGAACCUGACUAUCUUGGCCAUCGUUCGGUUUAUCGUGUCCCUCAAUCUGCAGUCUCCUAGUGAGUAUUACAGUGUGUCGAAAAUCUGUCCUGACAUUUUUCCUCUUGCUUUAAUCAAAGUGAAAAUGUUAUGCAACAACUUCCAAAGCCUAUGAGAGCUCAUUUUCACAUUUACUAUGCAUCAAAAAGUGCUAUCAUUAUUAGGGGCUGGCUGUCCCUGUGGCGGUGAGAUGAUCCCAGCAGAAAUCAUCAAACCUUUACGAGCUGAACCUUAAUUCUUCCUCACCAAACUUGAUGCCCGAUGGUAAAAUAAGGAGAUUUUCUCUUUCAUUAAUCUCCCUCAAAGUUACUCCAGAGCUGCACUUCAGAGAGGAAAAAGUUAGAAUUUGACUCUGUGUGCAACAUACUGAUCUGCCUCUGAGAAACACUUUGAAGAGAAGUAGCAGGAGAGAAAAAUUAAGCAAAUCCAGGUGUGAUUAAAAACUAGAGCACCUCAAGAAGACACUUAACGCUGGCUCUGAAAUAAGAUAUAAAUGUCCCUGCAGCAUGAUACAAAAUAGCUUGUUUUUUUGUCUGCGGGUAAUUUUACUGAUUAUUUAAUUUAUGUGAAGACUUUAAGAGAUGCAUAAUUGGGAGGGUGGUUGCUUUAAGUAACAGCUGGCUGCUGUUAUCUGCCUGCUGCCUGGUGUCAAUUUGACUUACUGGCUGUGCUUGAGUUGUUACAGCAACUUAAGGAAAUUUUAGAAUCGAGCUGAAAGAAUUUCUUGGACUCAGAGGAGCUACAGACAUUUCUUUCUCUUUUAGAAAUGAAGUAAAUGAUAUAUCAAGUAUUUCACCUCGCUCAUGAUGAUCUGUAAUAAAGAAAUAGGCAGGUAGCGCAAUGUAUCCCAUCCAAACAAUUCCCUUUGUGUUUUGGUAAGAAAUUGCCAAACCACAUCCUGCUCAUAUUACAGCAGCAUGGCUCUAAAUUAGAAGAUUCCAGAUGCUAAACUGGCCUGCCUGCAGUCCUAACAUGUUACCUACUAAAAGCGUUUGGUGCAUCAUGAGACAAAGAAAAUAUAACACAAGAGAUCUGAAACCACUGAGCAGCUGAAAUCUUUUCUAUUCACUGUCAAAACUCAAGAAACUGGUAAACUGGUCUCCUCAGUUUUGUUCCUUUGGUGAUAAAUAGGUUUGAAAAUGCAGAGAUUUUACACAGCAUGAGGUGUAGCAAAGACCCAUCAUAUGAGAUAAAAACCCCACACAGCAUAUACUUCCACUUCACAUAAUUAUAUAGAAUGCAAGUAUACGCUUACUUCUUACCUUAUCUAUUCAGAUCUGCAUAAAGCAACACAAUGAACAAUCGGCGGGCUUACAUAAUGUAAACAAACUUAACGAAUAGCCUGUAAGGAAGUAUGAUCUUCAUGCAAGAACUGAAAUGAGAACAUAAAGGGCACGGAAAGUCAACAAGACUGAGGCUCAUAACAGCGACAGUAUCUCCUCCUUGAGCAACAUCCUCUCAUUAAAACGUCCAGUUUUCUGUGUCAAAACAUAGUCAUGUCGUCCUUCUGUGCCAUUAAAAAAACCACAUUUGAUUACAGGUAAAUCAUAUUUAAAGCAGGUGGAUUUGUAUGCAUUGGAUAUAUAGGUUUUCCAAUAAGAACUGCUUUAUAAAUGUCUCUUAAAUUACUUGAAGUAAUUAUCCCCUAUGCAUCCUGUGUUAUGUCUUUGAGACCAUUAUGAGUUUCCUCAUGCUUCCCAUAUGUGAAGCAAUUUUACUGCAUGUCAAAUAUAAAGGAAAUAAUCAUGUUAGUCUUCCAAUGUUAUUUCUCAUCCAGUAUUUGCAUGCAUGUGUAAGUAGGGUUAUGCAAACAAGUAUUGGCUAUGUUUGUGCCUAUUUGCAUAAAUAUUGCAUAUGCAGCAUUUCAUUAUAAAUUUGGAUGAAUCUAAUGUUUUAAAUUUACUAACCUGGCUCUAUGUAAACACUAGAUAAAUGAUACAACCAAAUUACCCUUCAAUCGACAUUAUUUUGUAUGAAAACUGUAGAAUAAUUUACACUCUGCAGGCAGACAUAAUGCUAAGACCUAAUUGAUAAAUAGUGAUGCAGCCUACUUGAUGUAACAACUAACCAGAUACAAGAACCUGGUCAAUUACUUCUUGUCUUUGUUGGGAAAUUGCAAUUUCUGGUUGGUGAGGGCACAAAAUGAGUUUGCAACCUGCAGCAUCAAGACUAAAAGGUAUACCGUAUUUUUCGCACUAUAAGGUGCACCUGAUUAUAAGGCGCACCAUCGAUGAAUGCGUCUAUUCGCGUCUUUUUUCACCGGAUUAUAUAGGGCAUUAAGCCAAACAAAACAGUCAGAUAAGUCAAACUUUAUUUAACUCAUUCAAUAACUCCACAAGGCUACGGUAGCUGCAGUGCUCCGACAAGCCAAAAGGAUUUUAAGUGCGCCUUAAAGUGCGAAAAAUACAGUACUCUUUGUCAACAUUUGAGUUUGGAUUGCCAGGAUCUGUUAUCUUCAGUAUAACUAGCCUCCCUUUUCUUUUCUGCAGGGGAGAAAAUCAGUUGGAAGACAGUGAAGAUGCUUUGCAUGUGGAUCUGGCUGUAUGCACUGAUCUGGGCCAUUUUCCCCAUCCUGGGCUGGGGACGAUACGGCCCAGAGCCCUUUGGCCUGUCCUGCUCUCUCGCCUGGGGACAAAUGAAAACUGAGGGCUUCUCCUUCGUCAUUUCCAUGUUCUCUUUGAACCUCGUCACUCCCUCUGUCGUCAUCAUCUUCUGCUACUUCGGCAUCGCCUUCAACCUCUUUUUCACCUACAAAAAGUCGCUAAACAACAGCAAAAGAAUCCCAAAUAUCGUCAAACUCCAUCGGAGGCUCUUAGCAGUAAGUUUACAUGUAUUACAUGACUGAGUUCUGAGUGGCAAUCAGCUUACGCCAUUUCAUACCAACAGUCUGUUAUAUGACUAGAGCAGACUGUUGCUAUGAAGAACAGACCGUUGCUAUGGGAUGGGGUUCUAAUCACAACCAGACUUAUUGAGUGGUACGAACAUGCCCACUUGAAGAUGAGCCAAAAUUUCAUCUUAAAUGAUUAAUAUAUGAUGCUAAUAGCCAUGCAGAUGUCCAAAAACAAACACUGGAAAAACCUGACAGAAAGCAACAAAAAACAACAGCCAAACAGACAUAAGAUUAUUGUAGAUUGUUAUGGUAAAAAGGCAAACUAUAUUAAUAAGUAGAGUCUGUGUGCAUUGGUGAGUUUCAUACUGGUUUAAAGAAAAAGAUAAUCAUGCUAAUAAUCAGAAAAUGUGCCUGGAAAAACACACAUCACUGUGUUUCCUGUGUUACUGUGAAUUAACCUGCUGCUGCUGCUGAUGCUUUUGCUACUCUGUUAUAUUGGCACCAGAGAAAAGCAAAAAGAUCACAUGUAUGAUAAUCUAUUGGGGUUUAAAUAAAAAAAAAUAUUAUUUUUUAUCUACAUUGAAAAGAAUUGAUCAAAAUGAAGAUAUCAUUUUAUUUUGAAAGGUAACUUGAAGGCCCCUGAAGUAGUACUCCAUGAAGUGAAAUGUAAUAUUCACGAGUUUGGUGGUUUCAUUAUUUUUCAUCAUGGCUUAAAAGGGAAGAAGAAUAGCUUGCCAUUAAAAAAAAAACAUUAAUUCAAGACCAAAGUGAGCCCUAAUAUUUAUAUAUUAACCCAUUGUUUAUUCAGUGCUUUUAGCCAAAACUGUCCAAAUGUUGCAUGAGUUGAAAUGCAAUCAAGAGUCUUACUUUGAAAUUCCUCAAGCUUCACUGAAGUCUUUCUUUGGUGCCUUUGCAGCUAAAAGGCUCUCCUUUACAUGUGCCUCGAGGCUCCAUCAUACAAAACCAUCUAUGGCAGCACACCACCAUUAGGACGAUAUAAAUAGCUUGGUUGGAGCGAAGUUCAGGACAUGAAAAUGGCCUUCAAAUCUUGUGUGAUAUUUUUCCUCACUGUAUUUUUUUCUUUUUCUUUCACAGAUCGCUGUGCUGGUCAGCAUAGGCUUCAUAGGCUGCUGGGCGCCCUAUGGCCUCGUAAGCCUCUGGUCUAUUUUCCGUGACACCAACACUAUCCCCCCUGAAGUCUCUCUCCUGCCGUGUAUGUUUGCAAAGAGCUCCACCGUGUACAAUCCUCUGAUCUAUUACUUGUUCAGCCAGAGCUUCAAAAAGGAGGUGAAGCAGAUGGGCUGGCGGUGCUUGGGAUCGAACUCAUGUCGUGUGUCCAACAGCAUCAACGACAACGGUAUCAGUAUGGUGAACAUGGACAUGAAGUACAAAACAGAGGUGACGUCGACUCAGCAGAGAUCGCAGUCAUAGCCAGUGACUCUUGCCCCAAAGACUGCUUCGGGAUAACCUUGGGGGUAAACAUUUCACGCAUCAACAAAGACUCUUGCUGUUUAGUGGUUUCAUAAUGUGUUCUCUCACUAACAUUAUGGGGCUUUUAUCACAUCACAACCACCUUCGUGCUCGGCACUAUAAAUCAGUCAGCGUGUUUGCACAAAAUGUUAAAUGCUGUGAAAGUUCAGCCAGUGAAGCUCAAGAUUACAGUCAACUCUGUUCCUACAGGGCUAAAUCCUCUGAAUGCUUGUUGUUCAGGAAGAAAGGCAAAGAUGUGAAAAAAGUGAAAGCUACAGGUGGCAGCCACACAGAACUGAAAUCACCCAUUUUGACACAUUCACCAAAGGUUUUGCAGCAGAAAAUUUAAAAAAAAAAACUCGUGCACAGAAAAAGAGUUGAUUACUUUAAAUUUUAUGGUUCAGUCUGUAUUGUAUAUUUGUUUGUUUGAUGCUUUUUGCUAUUUUUGUGACACCGAACAGUGUUUUAUGAACAGAAAAAAGAAUCGCCGACUUCUUCAAAUCAGGAGCAACACAUCCGUUUACCGUGUGCCCUAAAUGUUUUAAUGACGAGAAAGUUACAAAGCUUGUUUUUUAUAAGUCUAAGAUGUUUACGAAAGAAAAAAACUGUAGCUGGUUUAACUGGGUUUGUGGUGAGAAAUUCGCCAUUUAACUAGGGUGACCAUAUGUCCUCUUUUACCCGGACAUGUCCAGCUUUGUCCGGGGAAGUUUAUAAAAUCCUUCAAAUGUCCGCGGUUUUGUACAAGAGUUUCGAUUUUGUGUCACACGGACUUACUGAGUUAGAAGCGCAUAAAAGACACACGAUCCGACCCGAAAAACUCUCAAAUCAACUUUGUGCAACUUUGUGACUCCGCCCCCGCGUAGCCGUGUCCUCUUUUUAGGACGUCAGAAUAUGGUCACCCUAGUUUAACAACUAUCCCACGUCAGAUUUCGAUCCCUAAUUUCCUAGCUAACUGGCUGCAACUGAUAGUGGGAGUAGUAACUUGGUGGGAGAAGUUCUGUCAAAGAAAAAAAAAAACGUGCCUCUAUCCUAAAUUAUUAAGCGUAUUCACUCGUUAGGUUAACUGUAUAGUCAAGUCGAAAUAUACAAGACAUUUCCUUUGAGACGGCAGAAACAGCUGUCAACAAAACAAUCUUACCUCAAAGUCCACGUACUCUGCUGCUGUGGAGUUUUCAGGUGUUAUCACUCAGAGUUAAUCAGCAGGUUAAGUUCACAAAAGUCUCACUACUACUCUGUCCUGUUCGUCCUCUAUUCUGCUAAUCAGGAUUAGGCCAUGAUUUGGAACAGCUGAUGAAGUGAAUCAGUCCUCAGGCACAAAGACACAGCUUUGUCAUGCUUUGAUAGUUUGAUUACGUAAAAAGUCAUUGUGGUUUUCGGCCUUCCUUCAGAUUUUUAGUCAUGAAAAGAAACGAAAGCUCUCUUCUUUAUCGGACACUGUAAGGUCUUGGUAGCAGGAGAAGUGAAGCGUCAUUAUAAAUUAUGCACAUCAUAAUAAUAAUAAUUUUAUUUAUAUAGCACCUUUAAAAACAGAAGUUUACAAAGUGCUUAGACAACAGUUGUAAGCACAGAGCAUCAGCACAUUGAAAAUAAAAACACAUAAAAACAAAAGCUCAGUUAAAAACAGGCCUCUGAAUUGUAGGCCUGUUUCACUUUUCGUAAGAAACCCAGGCAAUACAAGAACCCUACAAAAUAAAUGGGACCAUGAAGAUGAAGAUGACUUCAUUUCCCUUUACACACACUUGAUGAAAAUAACGCUGUGAUUGUCCCGCUUUACUCAGGGUUUGUUUGUUUUUUCUUUUGUAAGUUUUCCUGUAAACCAGCCUCUCUCUUUUUCAAUCUUCUACGUUCAUUGAGCUUUGACUGGUAUUGUUUCGCCCUUGGCUGUUACGUGUUGUUUACUUUUUUUAAACUGCAGAUUGUGAUUACUGCUAAAAGUGUCAUCAAUUUGUGAAUGUAGCAUUAUGAACCCCUGAAAUAUUUGUGUGCACAAUAGAUUGGUCAUUUUUUGAGAAUAAAUAAUGUCUGAAUAAUACAAAGAAA